ACUAGCAGCUCCCCACAAUGGACCACGAGUUCUUAGCGGAGGUGGAGUCUCGUGCCGAGCGUCGCAACCGACAGUGGUACAAGGAGCAUCUCAUGCGCGUGCUGGAGACCGCCAAGGAGAACCAUGCGAGGGACAUCGAUACGAGCAUAGAGUUGGGACGGAAGCUUAUUGAUGUCUUAAACGAAAAGUUGCCGAAGCCGGUGGUAGUACCUCCACGGCAAGUGUCCGUCAGCGAGACCACUAGCGUGAUGCGGCCCGUGGAGCCCGAGGUGCUGGAUAUCAUCUACAAGAGCACUACAAAGGGGAGCGGGGAGGAGUAUCUGAAGGAACGGUACAAGAAGGCUCCGGAGGAAAGAUUCUACGACCGCCAAGUGACGAGCUGGGACUACGGCUGGCAACACCGGCUGGCGACGACGGCUCGCGACGGGAGCCACGGCCGCCGCGGCGUGCUGCGAGACACGUUCUACCGACGACACGGCGUAGCCCCGGACAAGGUCGACGCACAGCGCCCCGCCACCGCCACCGCCGCUGUUUGUAGCGAGUAUGAGUGCUACUUUAACUAAGGGCUCCUAAACAUAACUGCGAAUACAGAUCGCAUCGCAAAACUCGCA